AUGGACGGUCUUUUGGAUUCUCUCGAGGAUCAACGAAUGAAUAUGGAACAUCAAUCAAAGAACGAGAGGGAGGGAACGGCUCCGGUGCCAAAAGUGGCACGACUUCUGCGCGAUGGCCAAGGGAAGUUCAUGUAUAUUGGUGAUUCGGCGAGUCUGUCAUUCCUGCAAAGUGUGCGUCGGGUCGUUAUGUCUUCCAUUGGCCGAUGCGAGUUCACCGAAGACAAUUCACGGCACUCGAUGCUGGAAGCAUUUCAGCGCAAUCCGAGCACCCAAUCUGGGCCUCUAGCUACACCACCGAGCAACGAAGAAGCCCAUCGCCUAGCUCGUCAGUUUGUACUUGCCACGAGCCCGUUGUUAGACCUAUUUGACCUGGAAGAAUUUCACCCACGAUUAACCAAUUGGGUUGCAAACCCCUCGGGGGAUGAGGAUACCGUUAGCUCCAUCUUCUAUCUUGUCCUCGCCAUUGGAGCUCAGGUUGCCGAGCUUGAUCAGACUGUAGCUGAACAGUAUUUUGGAAGCGGUCGUCAAUUGGCCUUUUCAGCCUUUCAGGAGACUCCCAGCAUUUACACCAUCCAGUCGUACAUCCUGGUCUCCAUGUACAUGCUCGGCGCUUGCAGGCGUAAUGGCGCAUUUAUGAACCUUGGAGUAGCUCUGCGUGCUGCGUAUGCAGUAGGAAUUCACCGCAAAGAUGCAAAUGCGCUCUUUUGUGGGCGUGAGCGCCGAGCGAGAGAACGAGUUUGGAAGAGUCUCCGCAUGAUGGACCUGUUUCUCAGUGCCUCCCUCGGCCGCCCUCCUGCAACUUCUGACUACGACCAUGACAUACGUGAUGACACUCCUGCGCCAGGAGAAGCACAGCGUCAGUUGACCCCGGAUCAGCAACUUUCCGCUGCUGUCAUCUCACUUUGUCGGAUAUUCGAACAGAUCUUGACCGAGGUCUAUAUGAAACAAGUCAUAUCAAUCAAUGUUGCUGAGACCAUAUCAAACCAGCAUCGAGCUUGGGUUCGCACACUUCCAACGAUCCUCAAAAUGCCGAUUGAGCGGCCUGAACACAAAUCUAUGGAAAGCAGUCUGGCUGCAGCCCACGUUUUCGGGUCCUACUACUGGUCGAUCAUCUUGUUGACCCGGCCGUUCCUCAUCUAUCGUGUUGCCCAGUAUAUCAAGGGAAAAGCUAGUUCAUCUCCUCCUUCUGAAGGUCAAAAUGGCAGCUCUCGCAUAUCCUUGUUUGCCGAUGCAUGCGUCUAUUCUGCACUGCGUGGUCUGGAUGUGGUGAAUGAUUUCAGCGAUAGUACCUCCCUUCCGCGCCGACUGCCCUUCUUGAUCAACUCUGUUUUCAAUUGUGUCAUUGUUAUUGGUGCUGCCUUUUUCGCCGACUAUGACAAUCUCCUUCCCUUGGAAGAAGGAAUCAACAAAGCCGAACGAUUCCUGGAGCUUUUCGUUCCACACGAUCCUCACGCAUGCCGCUUUCUCCAGAUCACCAAAUAUCUCCGUGCUGCUAUAGCCGAGUACGUCUCGCGCCGAAACCGCCAAUGGAUGAACCAGCGCAGCAAACAGGUCGAUCAACUCUUCGGCCAAGUAGGCGGUAGUGAGGAUCCUUCCUCUGAUCGCCCAACGAAUGCCCGAUCCUCUGCAUCCGUCCGCGUGUCAUCUUCUACCUCGCCUCGCAUAAUGCCUGGCGUAAAUGCAUCCUCAGACAUGCCCUGCCAACCAACCCCUCAACCUCAAUCUUUCGACAAUGGUAUUUGGGAAGCCUUGUGCAAUGACUCAGAUGCCACUGGAGGGCUGUCCUACGAUGCUGCCAUCUCUGCGUUGACCACCUCUGGAAUCCCGGUGGGCUGCUCGCCGGGCGGCACCAUUCCCUCGGGCGUGCCCCCGGCGUCUGGCCCAUCCCCACUUUCUGACAUGAUGUUCUCCGGUAAUGGCUUGCUUUAUAUGGCCGAGGAUCUCCCGGUCUUCGGUAUCUGGGGAGACGAACCCUGA